AUGGCUCCUGAAAAUUCCACCUGGGUCACUGAGUUUAUUCUCACAGGUGUUUCAGACCAUCCAGAGCUCCAGAUCCCACUGUUCUUUGUUUUCCUGGUCACCUAUGGGCUGACCAUGGCAGAGAACCUGGGCAUCAUCACCCUCACCAGUGUCGACUCUCAACUUCAGACCCCCAUGUACUUUUUCCUCCGGCACUUGGCCGUGGUCAAUCUUGGCAACUCUACUGUCAUUGCCCCUAAAAUGCUGAUCAAUUUCUUAGCAACGAAGAAAACCAUCUCAUACUAUGAAUGUGCCACCCAACUGGGAGGGUUUUUGGUUUUCAUUGUAGCUGAGGUUUCCAUGUUAGCUGUGAUGGCCUAUGACCGGUACGUGGCCAUUUGUAACCCCCUGCUCUACAUGGUGGUUUUAUCUCACCAGGUCUGCCUUCUGCUCGUGUCCCUCACUUACCUCUACAGCUUUUCCACAGCUAUUGUGACGUCAUCGUCUGUGUUCUCUGUGUCUUACUGCUCUUCCAAUGUAAUCAAUCAUUUCUACUGUGACAGUGUCCCUCUGUUAGCAUUGUCCUGCUCUGAUACUUCCUUUCCAGAAAUGGUCAUUUUUGUAUCUGCAGGUACAAACUUGGUUUGUUCCAUGACUAUAGUUCUAGUGUCUUAUUUCAAUAUUGUUCUGUCCAUUUUAAGGAUACGUUCAUCAGAAGGAAGGAAAAAAGCCUUUUCCACAUGUGCUUCGCAUAUGACAGCAGUCAUAGUGUUUUAUGGGACACUAUUAUUCAUGUAUUUGCAGCCUCGAAGUAGCCAUUCAUUGGACACGGAUAAAAUGGCUUCCGUGUUUUACACACUUGUGAUCCCCAUGCUGAAUCCCAUGAUCUAUAGCCUGAGGAAUAAGGACGUGAAGGCUGCCUUAAAGAGAUUUCUGACCAAUGUGUGCUGUUCUAUUAAAUCAAUGUAA